CUGAUGUCUUUCUGUUUGCGCUGCUGGAGCUCCACUGUGGCUCAAAUAAGGAGGGCCAGCGGCACACCAUGUGUGCUAAAUGUUACUGAUGCUGUAAAGUUAUGAGAUGUUUACUAUAAAUAAUAAAGUGGGAGAACUUGGACUGACCCCUCAGGUGAUGCGAUGGAAAAAUGAAUACACUUGAGUUUUCUGUUCCAUCCUGGGUGAGGACUGAAGACGGGGCAACAUGUUUGAGUCGUAUUAGAAUAUUUUUAAACCCUAAACUCAUGUUAUAUUUAUGUAGAUUAUAAUAUUACACACAUAUGAGCUGGUAAUCAUCUCUGCUCGGUCAUGAAUUUUUAAAAACGGCCGUAUAAAACUGAUUGUAAUUCACCAUGCCCUGGCUCUGGUCUUCUCCCGUUACUUAAGUUUCCAUGCUGCCUCGGCGUCCCAUCUCCACCGGCUCGUGCGCCUGUGCCAGCGUACGGUCGCCACCACACAAAGAGUAGGAGGCCGUAAGCGCUGCACCUCCACCUGUCUUUCACUAUCUUUCUAUCACGCUGGCUCCGGCCCCACCUCCUCUCCCUAGUGGCCGUGCUGGCCAGCUGGUCACCGAUGGGUGUCACCUUCCUGGCUCAGGAGGAGGUGAGAGCAUGAGGGGGCUGUUUUUAUUGUUUGAGAGUUUGUGCAUGUGAGAGUACGAUGAUGUCUCAUGGGGGUGCAAAGGGCUCCCGAGAACUCGUUUAGUGUUUGCAAUCAUUUUAAGGAGGCGGAGAUGGUGCUUCACAAGGCCAUCCAGGCGGCUCGAGAAGGGGACCUCGCUACGCUGAGGGAUCUAGCAUCUUCUGGCCACCUCUCCCAUGCCAUCAGUGAUACUCAAGGUGCAGGCCUUGUGCACCAUGCUGCCAGGGUUGGCCACCUUGACUGCCUUCAGUUCCUAGUCAGCGACUUGGGUCUGCCAGCAGAUGCUGAAGCCCUGAACAGGGCCACUCCAGUGCAUGAUGCAGCAGCUACUGGGAACGUGCGGGAGCUGCAGUGGCUUGUGAACCAAGGAGGAUGCAACUUUGAGGUUAAGGAUGCUGCCGGCGCCACGGCCCUUCACCUGGCAGCACGGUUCGGCCACAUGGAGAUUAUUCGUUGGCUGCUUUCCGUUGGAGGAGUGGCUGGUGCGGAGACAAAGUGUGGAGCUGUGCCUGCUCAUUACUCUGCAGCCAACGGGGGGCUCACCUGUUUAAAGCUCCUCAUCCAGGAGGCACCUGGGUGUGUGAACCACCAGACCAGAUUUGGUGUGACCCCCUUGUACCUGGCCUGCCAGGAGGGGCACCUGCAUGUUGUAGAAUAUCUUGUGAAAGACUGCGGAGCUGAUGCCCACCUGCGAGCCCACGAUGGCAUGACCUGCCUGCAUGCUGCUGCACACAUGGGCCAUGACGCUGUGGUGGAGUGGCUGAUGACCUGCACAGAUGUGGGCUCGUCCUGCCAGGACAGAGAGGGAGCCACUGCGCUUCACUUUGCUGCCAGCAGGGGACACUAUUGCAUCUUGGAGAAGCUGCUUCGUAUGGGUUCAAAGGUCAUCAAAGAUUACUGGGGAGGGACCCCUCUACAUGAUGCUGCAGAGAACGGGGAGAUGGAGUGCUGUAAAGUGCUGUUGGCCAGUGGGGCAAACCCUACAGAUCAAGACAUUGAUGGGUUCACUGCAGCAGACUUAGCAGAGUACAACGGACACUCUGAAUGUGCCAGAUAUCUCCGUGCCGUAGAAAAGCAUACAUUGAGUGCAGAUAAAUCCAUCAGAGUCAUCACUCCAGUGGAGGAGGAGGAGGAGGUGAAGGUGAAGCCAGCACUGUCGGUGCGACGCAGCAAAGAGGACUACUACGGGAGCCUGAGUAGGGGCUGCAGGGACUCACACAUGGACAGUUUAAAGCAACCUGAAUGUGAGGAGCCGCCACAGGCCAGAUACCCCCAGCCCCCUCCUGCACUUCCUCCACCCUCUGCUUCAUCAUCUACCCAGUCUGGGAGAACUGCGGUGGGCAGGAUAGAGCAGAUUCAAUUGGCAGCAUCUGUUAUUAAAGUUUUUAAUCAGUCCAAGUCAUCUGAGAGUGAGACAGCGGUUUCUGCUGAAAAAACUGUGUUUUGUGGUACAAACCUUCUGGCUGAGAGAAAGCUGCUUGGUGACCUGAAGUCCAUCAAAUCUCUGAGUGAUUCAGGGAUGUCGGGAGUCUUUACUGGACAAGCAAAUAAGAUGGUGGUCCUGCCCACUGAGGAGGCCAACCUGUCAGACAUUGACUAUCUGGUACCCACUCAUGAUGAGCGAGGUCACCCUAUAGCAGAGUGGAAGAGGCAGGUCAUGGUGAGGCAGCUGCAGGCACGACUGCUGGAUGAGGAGGACCAGAGGAGAAGGGAAAAUGGGAACAGAUAUGCCAAAGUCAGCUGGAGGUACUCCCAAGCCCACAAUGCCAUCCUGGGGCCCUCUGGUGAGCUGCUGACCGAGGACGACCUCAUCUAUCUGGAACAGCAGAUUGCCAACGUGUCCAUGCAGAGGAACUCUGCCGGUUAUGAGCUGGAGCUGGCUCGUCUUGCUGAGGAGCUCAGGCACAUCCUCCCAGCCCCCAUAGUCAACAUCACAGUCAACACGCAGUUCAGAAACUUCAAGAGUCAGGUUCCUCUGCCCGUUUGGUGUGGCCGGAUCUCAGGCAUCGUGAAGAGCAUGUCUCUGCUCAUGACCAACCUGACAGACCACCCCUACUGCAAGAUGCCCAACACUGAACUCAUCACCGUGUUUUCUCAGGCUCCAGACCGACAGUUCUCCACCAGGAUACGCAGGGAGACCAUCGAGGAUGAAAUCCAUCAAUUCGGGGUGUCUGUGAGGACUUUGAAGUUUAAUUUCGAGAUGCAGAACUCGUCUCCGUCCAACCACCCACAAGAGGCUGUCUUGUUCAGUUCCUCCAUGCAGCCCGGGGAGGCAAAAGCAGACAAACAACCUAAAGGGUUGAAGCCACCCCCCGAAAUGGACCAGAACGGCGAUUCUGGCAUUGACAAUGAUGAAAAUGGUGCAGACGUUCAGGAAACCAUCAGCCUCAGGAAAGAGCGUAUAGUAGUUCUGUUUUUAGGCCACUGGAAGAAAUCGGCCUACUCAAUCACGCUGAAGAGUAGUGACGAUGCGGAGAGGAAGGUGAACGAAGGAAACCCUGGAACUGUGGACAAGUCGGGCUCUGCUGGUAAGGACCCGUCACCGAGUUCCCAGCCAGACAUGAUGAGCAGUGCUCUCGGACAUUUCUUCAAGCAAAGGAGUGCCGUCAACAAGAUGCUGGGGAACUGGAGGAAGAUGAUCUCCAGCGUUCCUUCCAGACAAAUACGCAGGCUCCACCGGCAAAAGGCCCUCUUCUCCCCAGAGCAGUUCCUCCCUCGUCUGGAUGGGGUCCCCGUGGAAUACGACAGCCUGACCCUGGAUCUCUUCAUGCUGGGCUACUUCCACAUCCUGGAGCUCGAUUUGCCCGUAGACGAACGCAAAAUGAGGCACUUGCUGUGUUUUGAGGUUUUCGAUCGGGUGGGGAAGUUCCCUUGGGAGACGGUGAGGGAGUUUCACAAGGCUGUCGUACAGGACAUAGAGGCCGGGAACAGAGAGUGGACGGAUGGAUUCGAGGACAUUAAAGUCAGCUUCUUUGGGAACACUGUGAGUCAGUCCAAAGAUGUUGCUGCUGUGGUGAAACACAGCCUCCCAGAAGUGAGAAAAGUGCCCAAGGUGAUUGUUCAGACCCCUACGCCGGACGAGGGGGUGCUCUACGGCGGAACGGACAUUUCCAGUUUCAGUAAUGAAGAGAUAUGUCAGUAUAUUGAUCGCAGUUUUGCUUUUUGGAAGGAGAAAGAGGCAGAGAUUUUUGAUUUUGAGUAGUUUCUUUACAUUUUUUAAUAUUUAGUAGGCUUUGCAUUUGGAGAUGCUUGGUGUCAGGGGCGGCGUUAGGCCCGGCUACUUGGGCUGAAGCCCCGGAUGUUCUUCAGUCCUUAAUCCGCCCCUGCUUGGUGUCAAACCUAAAAGCUUCGUAAGUGAUGAGUUUGUAAUCGUAGCAGGUGAUGUCACAGGAUGUCGUUUGCUACUGACCAAUCUGAAUCGUAAUUUUUAAAAAUUUAUACGGCUCUUUUUUUUAAUUUGCUUACAAAUGAAACGUCCCCAUACGUCAAACGUUUGGGUGUUGUUGUGAGUUGUGAUGUUUUUAGUGAUCGUGAUACAUUUUAAAAUCGGGCUUCAAGUCAAAGACAACAUAUGCAAAUUUUUAACUAUAUCCAGUUGUUGUAUCAGCAUUCUUCAAGCUCUUUUUAGUUAUUUGUGUUGCAAAGUUUUGUUUUGUUACCAACAGAGCCCAAAAUCAAGAAUCGGGCCUAAAAUUCUUUCGUUUUGACCGUCAGUGGAAAACAUUUUAUAGGAAAUUCUACUUUUCUUUGAUGUCACAUUUUUACAUGUUUUCAAUAAAUAAAUGAAUGCCUGCUUCAUCUA